UAUCGUUUAAAAGAGUAUCUCGCGUGUGAAUACAGUGUGUACGGAUGGAUAUAUACACGGAAUGGAAUACAGUGAUGGAAUGCAGUGAAGGAAUACACAGUGAUGGAAUGCAGUGAAGGAAUACAGUGACGGAAUACAGUGAAGGAAUACAGUAAUGGAAUACAGUGUGAUGCAGUGUGUUUUGUAUACGUGUGGAUUACGAGCUGUGCUUUGUGUGAUGCGUCGGAGUAUCCGGCGAUCCGGAGCUGUUGUGCUCCGUGGAGCAUCGACCAAGGAGCUGCCGUUCUAACCUAGCCGUUCUAGGAUAUUUUGGAUAUUCUGCUCUAAAUACAUCCAGGAAUGCUAGGAUACGUGUGCAAGGAUCAUCGCCAGGAGAAGCAAAGAACCUUCAAAGUCGAAGUCAUGGAUAUCCAGGUACACGAGACGUUUACUGCACCCUAUCACUGGAUCAGGAGGAAAUAUUCAAAACGACAACUAUGGAAAGAACUCUCAACCCGUUUUUUGGAGAGGAGUUUCAAUUUGAAGUACCCAGAAAAUUUCGUUACCUUGGUAUUUAUGUAUACGAUAGAGAUAGACAUUUAAAACAAGAUAAAAUUUUGGGAAAGGUAGCAAUAAAGAAAGAAGAUUUAGCUACAUAUCAUAACAAAGAACAUUGGUUUCCUCUGAAACCGGUCGAUGCUGACUCUGAAGUCCAAGGCAAGGCUCAUUUAGAACUUGCUUUGCAACCUCAAGUCGAACACGCUCAGCCUAAACUUACAGUAAGACUAAUAGAAUGUAGUGAAUUAACCAUUAAAAAUGGUAGCUGUGAUCCCUUUGCAACUGUUACAGUUAUUUAUAGUAAUGGUAAACAAAUAUCAAAACGCACAAAAGUUAAAAAGAAAACAGCAUCUCCACGUUUUAACGAAUCAUUUGUAUUUGAGCCAGAAUUAAUCGAGACCAGAGACAAAGAUGUUUCCCAUUAUUCUAUUGAAGGAGCUGAAGUUGGAGAAGUAGUUGUUGGCUUGUGGCAUGCAUCUCCUGGUAUGGGAGAACAACCGGUGUUUCUUGGUGAAGUCCGAGUUACGUUAAAAGGAUUACAAAAACAACCAACUAGUACAACAACGGCAUGGUAUUUUUUACAGCCUAGAGCAGCAAAACAUCGUCCAAGUAAAAUUUCAAGUAAUUCAAUACCACCUGGUACGUUACCAGGUUUGGGAUCUUUACGUUUGAAAAUUCAUUAUGUAAUCGAUCAUGUUUUCUCGUCUGAAAUGUAUGAUAGACUUAAAAAUCUAUUAUUACAAAGCGUUCAUAUUCAGCCAAUAACGUCAUCGGCUGUUUACAUAUUGGGUGAAAUUGUAGCUAGUAAAAUGGAAGCUGCACAACCAUUAGUUCGAGUAUUGGUGCAUCAGGGACAGUUGGUGCCUGUAAUGCGAGCACUUGCUAGUCAUGAAAUUUCUAAAUUGACAGAUCCAACGACGAUUUUUCGCGGUAAUACGUUAGUGAGCAAGAUGAUGGACGAAGGUAUGAGAUUAGCAGGUCUUCGUUAUUUGCAUAGUACUCUUAGACCUGCGAUGGAACAAGUUUUUCUUGAAAAAAAACCAUGUGAAAUAGAUCCAGCUCGGGUAAAAGAUGGCAAUACAAUAGAGACGAAUUUGACGAAUUUAAAGGAAUAUGUUGAAAGAGUAUUUACAGCUAUAACAACUUCCGGAGUAAGAUGUCCACCUUUAAUGUGUGAAAUGUUCUGGAGUUUGAGAGAGCUCGCUGCAACUCACUUCCCAAAAAACAAGGAAGUGAGAUAUUCGGUGAUAAGUGGAUUUAUCUUUUUACGAUUUUUUGCUCCUGCAAUAUUGGGUCCAAGAUUAUUUGAUAUCACUACUGAACAAAUUGAUUCGCAGACCAAUAGGACAUUAACAUUAAUAUCUAAGACGAUUCAAAGUCUUGGAAAUUUAGUGUCUUGCAGAGGAGGCGCAGGCAGUGUAUGUAAAGAAGAGUACAUGGAAUGUGUAUACAAGGAAUUUUAUACAGAAAAACAUAUACAAGCAGUCAAGCAAUUUCUAGAGUUAAUAUCGACCAGCAGUAAUAGUAGCGGUAUCACAAAGCAGCGUCCAACAAUAUUGCAAGAACAACCAGUGGUACUCAAAGAAGGAAUAUACUUUCUCUUUAUGCAUACUACUGAUUGUAACAAGAGAGUAAUGAUUAAACGAGCACAAGGCAGAAAACGAUUUGGUCGCAAAAAUUUUAAACAGAGAUAUUUUAGACUUACUACGCAUGAUUUGACGUACUCUAAAACCAAAGGUAAAGAACCUUUGUGUAAGAUACCAUUAGAAGAAAUUUUAGCAGUAGAAAGACUUCACGAAGAUUCCUUCAAGAUGAAAAACAUGUUUCAAAUUAUUCAACCACAAAGGGCAUUAUAUGUUCAAGCUGGUAAUUGUGUAGAAGAAAAGGAAUGGAUUGACAUUCUUACAAAAAUAUGUCAAACAAAUAGUAACCGCUUAGAAAAAUAUCAUCCAAGAGUAUACAUGAACGGUCAUUGGCUUUGUUGUCAGGCAGUUGCUGAAGUUGCACCAGGAUGUAAGCAAGUAUCGCCAGACAUAGAGGCUGGACUGCAUAUGGUCUUAGAUCCGGAUCGCGAUUUGCAAAGAAUACAUUCGUUAAUUUUUACAAAUAUGCCGCGUCUUGAGACGUUGAUGAAUGCAUGUGAAUGUCAGGCAGUUUAUGGCGCUAGCGAUAUAUGUGUUAUUCCGGACGGUGGAUCACCUAUAGAAGAUGUACCUUCAUGUUUCAAGACUUUAAACACACUUAGAGAAGCUGCAUAUGCAUUGCAGCGUGAACAUAGAGCCUAUUUUAGAAAACUGGCACGCGACACCAAGUACGGCAGCAAACAGGCUCCCAUCGGUGAUGACAACUACCUCCACUUAGCUAAUAGAGCAGGAUUCGAUAAUCAGUUAACAAAGCGAACGUACGAGUUGGAUGGUCUAAAUCAACGAUCCAUAGAGACGGAACAUUACGAUACGGGAUUCUCUAGAAAAAUUGUCGAGAGUCAAAGAUACGACGAGACAUUUAAAAAGUGUCUUGAUUCUGACUCCAUUAAUCGUAGAUAUGAGGAUGAAAACAAUAGUGAUACUGUCAGGAGUAUCCAAAAUGAUCUCAGAAAAUUCGAUCAUAGUUUAAAUAAUACAUUAAGAUCUGAAAAAUUGGAAAGGAACGUUAAUAAAAAUAUGGGAAGUCAUAAAAGGUUAGACGGCACCAGUCUACUAACGGCAGAUAGUAUUAAUUUAUCAAGUACAUUAUCACGGAAAUUGGGUAAUUAUGAUAAUACUAGAGUGUUGAACGAACACUGUACACUGACAAGACGAUUACAGGACGAUACCUCUGACAUACCUUGUAAUUCGAUGAGUGAGCGUGGCAAUUAUUAAUUUAUGACAUACACAUCUAUGAUGUACAAAUAUAAAUUGUGCACGUUCCUAAAUUUAGAAAAAUUACGAGAGAAUUAUAAAAAAAGGACCGAAAUUUACAUUAGUCAUUACUUUAAAUUAAAAGAAGUGUAGUCUUCUGGCUACCUUUUUUAUCGUUAUAUAUAUUGUACAUAAGAUUGUACGCGUGCGUGCGUGUGUGCGUAUGUGUGUGUGCGUGCGCGUGCUUGUGCGUGUGAUUUCUUUCAUUCUGUAUAAAUUAAUGACUCUGCUGUUGGAGGCAGUUUUUUUUGUCGUGUAUCUACCUUUUAUGACGACAUGUUUUAAUUUAUCUCGUAUCUGGGAAAACUGAAUAAAUACGAGAGAGAGAGAGAGAGAGAGAGAGAGAGAGAGAGAGAGAGAGAGGAGUUGUAACAGAAUAUAAUUUAACAUAUCUUUUGAUUUGUUACCAUGCUGUGCAGAGAACGUAACAUCUUGUCAUCACAGAAAUCUCUACUAUUUAUUGAUUAUUUAUUUAUUAUUUCAUCUCAUUUCAAUAUAUUGAAGAUAUAUGUGCAUAAACAUGACAUUGGCUGUGUUAUUGCACAACUUGUAAUCUCAUUCAUUGAAAAAAUCGAGUUCUCAUUGAUAUAAAACACUCAAUGUUCGUUACGUAAUAUGUAGUAGUUGUUGUAAGCUAUAAAAAAAAUUGUAAUUGAAUACAAUUAUCGCUAUUUUUUAUUCAUGUAUAACUCCAUCAAUUUUGAGCACAAUUCUUUAUGCAUCAAUUAUAAAUACACAAAAAAAUAUAUAAGUGCUUAUUAAUGUUGCAAAUAGAAGUGAUUACAAUUUGGUAGAGUUUAAAAAUUGUUAAAAAAAACUUAAACUUUAUAUCUUUUUGCUGUAGCAUCACUUAUAUAAAUUCAGUCGAGUCGUUAUAUAGAAAGAUGUAAACAAUCUGAUUUAUCUGAUAGUGUAAGCGCUAAAUUUUUUAGAUUUAUCAUGUACAAGAGCCUAAACACGCCUACAUUUUUUUACUGCACUUAUCAUUGUAAAUUCUUUUCUUUUAUUAUAAAACAGUUUGAAUUUACAUUCACUCGAAUCAACGUAUCUCUCAUUAUCGCAAUUCUUAUAUUUCAUUAGUUAUUGUAAUAUAGACUUUUAAAAACGAAAAUGUUGAACGUAUAAAAGAAUAUUAGAUCUGUUAAUUUUUACUAGAAAAAAAAAUGUAAUGAAUGUAACAAAAAGAUCUUGCAAUCUCAAAUUGUUGCUGAAUAUUACUUUAAUAUAUUAAUCCAAAA